AUGUCUGACUUAAUUCGUUAUUUUGCGAAUCUACAGUUAGUCAAGGAAAGAGGAACAGGAACACCAGAUUCUUCGACUCAGACAGCUCCAAAAAGCAGAACAUCCUUACAAGAGGAUUUAGGGAGAUCAACAAUGUGCGUUUCUUCUGAUUCCACGUUUCUGAGUAUAUUGAACAACGGCUGUGCUAGGAAGGGAUGGAGUCCACGUUUUGAGAUCCUCACUCCUAAUGAAUUUCAGAAUGAUUACUUUGUGAUGCGGUGCUCAGUCGGUGAUAUGGUAGGAUGCGGGAAAGCGAAAUCUAAGAAGAGCGCAAAACAACUUGCCGCGAGAGAGAUUCUCUCCCAGGUGGUCGCAAAAAACGAAUUGGCUGGGUUCGACUUAGGAUCGACAAAAGAAGAAGCGUCUGAAACCCUUAACAAAUUGUCUGCGAAAUUAGAGGCUGAUGAAGACACUGGUGCAGCAACCGCGGAGAACUGGAUAGGAAAGCUCAUUGAAUUGUACCUUUUACUCGUCUGUUGCUCCUCUACUACUAUUGCCCAUAACUUAUUUUGCCUUUUUAUCUGCAGUUGUCUUCGUUCGAAACUCAGUGCUCCUGAAUAUACUUUCGAUGAAAAGACUGGCGCGCAGGGGCCGUGGUUUAUUGCAAAUUGUGCUGUGGGAAAAUUAAGUACUACUGGUGAGGCAAAACAAAAAAAGCUUGCGAAGACGUUGGCUGCACGGGAAAUGUUCUUUUCAAUAGAAAACAGCAAGAUAGAGGACCUAGGUGUUGAUGAAAUAUCAUAUGCGCCAAUUCACGUGAACAAGCCUGCAAGUAAUGCUCCUGAAAUUGGCAAUGUGGAAGAGAACAGUGAGAAACAAGUAUUUUCUACAGGCUCUGAGGCGAACUGUGCAGCAUCAGAUAAGGUUAAGUCUCAUCGUUUCAACAGAAAUGGAAUGAAAAAGGACUGGAGAGUAGGGAUGCAGGAGGACUUCAGUGACGCUGAGAGUAAUGGUCAAUUCAGCGGAAGUGAUGUUUUUGUCAGUUUUCCAGAAGUUUCCGAACACUUGUUUCAACGUCUUCUCCACGAGGACGGGAGUCUUCUUAAAAAGUUUUUUGUUGGCCAAGAACUGAAGUUCACUGUCUUCGAGAGGAAAGCUGUCACAGAUGAAGUGCAGUGCCUUCUUCAACUGUCGACACCAGAAAAAGAAUUACGUGUUUUUCACGGAUGUGGAGAAGAUCUACAGCAUGCAAAGGACAAUGCUUGUAAUAAUGCGUACUCAUUUGCUAAAGUAUUGUCCUCGUAA